GGGUGCCUGACGAGGGGAUCGUGGAGGGUUGCAGGACCAGUGCGAAGACAAGGGUGGGCACUUCCGCCAAGGUGGGGCACGCGAGGCGCCUGCUCCUCAGCAGCCGCGACCUCACGGCGCUGAGGGUCCUGAAGGUGGUGUUGACGCCCCUGGAAACCCUCGUGGUGAUCUACGGGACCUGCGGCAGAGGGUACGACUACAACAACAACAACAGGUCACCCACGAGCGGGGACCUGGAGACCGACGGCGACGAGACAGACGUCGGCAGCGUGAACGACCCCGACUCCGCCGCAGAUGUCUCCAAGCACCCCGUGCGCUUCUCCCUGCUCUGGCUGCUGUGGAUCGUGUUCAUCCUGCUCGGCGGCGUGCUCGUGUUCCAGUGGGCCAGGUCCACGGAGCCGCCCUGCACUGUGAGCUGCGUGGCCGCGAUGGUCUUCGGCAUGUACGCCGUUGGCAGCCUCAUCACCGCCUGCCUGGCGCUGUGCGCGCCCGACACCCUCGCAUCCGCAGGCCGGCC